AUGACAUCUAACAGCACAAUUAUUAAUAUGACUACAUUUACAGUCACAAAUUCAAUAGGAAUUAUUGAUGUUAUAAUAGCCAAAUUCGUAAAUUAUUUACCAUUGUUGUUUGUUAUUCUUGGUUUAAUUGGAUUUGUGGGUAAUGUUUUUACUUAUCUUCAACGUGAGCUUCGUUCGAACACAUGUUGUAUUUAUUCACUUUGUGGUUCCAUUGCUGAUAUUAUCCACAUUUUACUCAAUUUAUUUCCUAAUUAUUUGAAGUUAAGUCAUGGAAUUAGUGUUCCAUGGUUACGAUUGACUUAUUUAUGUCCACUGCAAAUGAUGAGUCUUGUAUUCUUUCCGCAUUUAUCACUUAAUUUCUUACUGAUGGCGGUCAUUGAUCGAUAUGCCAGUACAUGUAGAUUAACCUCACGUAUGAGUCGUCUUAGUCAACUGAAAAUGGUUCCAUUGUGUAUUAUUAUUCCCAUUCUUACUAGUUGUUUAGCUUCAAUGCGUAAUCUUGUUCUUUAUGAAUACAGAAACACAUCGGGGUGUACAAUUACACAACCAUUAACUAAUACUCUGCUGUAUAUUUCCAUCAAUGGUCUCAUGCAACCAACAAUAAUGUUCAUCUUUGUUAUAUUAACAUUUCGAAAUGUUCGAAAGAGUCGCCAACUAGUAGUGCCCAUAAGACGGUAUACAAUACCAGAUACUUUUCGUCGUUCUCGAAAUCAAUUCAUUACGAUGAUAUUUGCACAAAUUUUGACAACAGCUCUUCUCUCACUACAAUGGACAAUGGUGUUUUCAUUAACUUAUAUUUUUAUCGGAGGUCUAAUCAAUUUGAAACCAGGAACUCUUUUAUACAGCUUCUAUUUACUAUCCAAUUGUUGUUAUUAUUUAAAUAAUGUCAAAGCAUUUUAUCUUUCACUGUUAACGUCACGUGUAUUUCGUGAAACAUUUCUUCGAACGUUAAUCAAAUGCAAAAAUAUUUGUUUUCGACAUCAGUGA